GUAUAAGAACAAUGUGGUGAUAGAUGAGAAGGCCCAUCCUGACAAAUACACAGCAGAGAGUAACUACAACAUGCACUCUCUGGAAAUCAAGAGCUGUGACUUCCUGGACACGGCUCAGUACCGUGUGUCUGCUCUCAACAUAAAGGGGGAGAGCUCCUCCGUGGCCACCGUGGUUAUCAAGAGGUUCCAGGAGGGACAGAAAGUGGGAACUCUUGAUGCUAAACCACAUGGGUUCUGCUCGGAGCACGGCGUGACAUUUGAGACAGCCAUCAUAGACUCGUUUGAGGUGGCGUUCGGCCGGGAGGGAGAGACUCUAAGUCUGGGCUGCACCGUAAUCGUCUAUCCCACCGUUAAACGCUACCAGCCUGAUGUCCUCUGGUACAGAGAUG